AUGUCCGUCUGCGCGCUGCGCUUUUCGGAAACUGCGCGGAAACGCAUUUUGGCGGCGGGCGGAGAAUGUUUGACUUUCGACCAGUUGGCGCUGAAGGCCCCCAAGGGCUCCAACUGCGUGCUGCUGCGGGGCUCGAUUCUGCGGGAAGCUGACAAGCACUUCGGGCCUGCUCCGGGUACACCCCACUCCCACACCAAGCCCUACGUCCGCUCCAAAGGCAGGAAGUUCGAAAUGGCCAGAGGCCGUAGAAAGUCCAGAGGCUACAAGAACUGA